GUGAAAGCAAGCGAAAGCGAGAGAGACGAUUCGGAGAAUCCUAGAUCUCCCUUCCUCCGUAGUCCCCUUUCCGCUUAUUUUUUUCCUUUAAUCUCUCCAAAAAUUUGAUUUUCUCAUUAAUUAAGCAUAAAUAAUCCCCUUUUUUUUGCCUUUUUAUUCAAAGCCGAGGGCUCAAAAGUACCAGAGAUGGGAUUAAAAUAGGGAAAAAGAAGAAAAAAAAGAGGAAAAAGUAGUGAGGGAUUCCUUAAAGCCGCGGCAAAAUCUAUGCUCUGUUCCCGAAUCCACACUCUCAACUCCAGAAACCUUUGAUAGCUGUUUCCUCUUCUGCCCCUGUGAUCUCCCCUUUUUCCGAUCUUUUGUGGCCGAGGAGAGCCAGGCUGAGCUCUAUUCCUUCUUCUAGGGGUUCUGGGUGUUGCCAUUUUUGCCCAAAUAGUUGUUGGUAUUGGGUUUUUCAUCUGAUUUGACUUGAUCUGGUAGAUGGCGCUGUUUCGGAAGUUCUUCUAUCGAAAGCCGCCCGAUGGGCUUCUGGAGAUCUCCGAGAGAGUUUACGUGUUUGAUUCCUGCUUCACAACUGAUGUAUUGGAAGAAGAUGAAUACAAAGUCUACAUGGGUGGCAUUGUGGCUCAGCUUCGAGAUCAUUUCCCUGAUGCCUCCUUCAUGGUGUUCAACUUUCGGGAGGGAGAAAAUCAAAGCCAGAUAGCUACCAUUUUAUCAGAGUACGACAUGACUGUGAUGGAUUACCCCCGGCACUAUGAAGGCUGUCCAUUGCUCACAAUGGAAAUGAUUCACCAUUUCCUAAGGUCAAGUGAGAGUUGGCUCUGUCUAGGUCUGCAAAACCUAUUGUUGAUGCACUGUGAGCGAGGUGGAUGGCCAGUGCUGGCUUUCAUGUUAGCAGCACUUUUGGUCUACCGAAAGCAGUACACGGGUGAGCAAAAAACAUUGGACAUGAUUUACAAGCAAGCCCCCCGCGAGCUCCUGCAGUUGCUGUCGCCACUGAAUCCUUUGCCUUCUCAGCUGAGAUACUUGCAUUAUAUAUCGAGGAGAAAUGUUGGCUCAGAGUGGCCUCCGCUUGACCGGGCGCUAACUUUGGAUUGUGUCAUUCUUAGGAUUAUUCCUAACUUUGAUGGGGAGGGUGGCUGCCGGCCAAUUUUUCGGAUUUAUGGUCAAGAUCCAUUAAUUGCUGUGGAUCGGACACCUAAAGUUCUGUUCUCCACACCCAAGAAGAGCAAACUCGUUCGGCUUUACAAACAGGCAGAUUGUGAACUAGUUAAGAUUGACAUUCACUGCCACAUUCAGGGAGAUGUUGUACUUGAGUGCAUCAGCUUAGAUGAGGAUCUGGAGCGUGAAAUAAUGAUGUUUAGGGUCAUGUUCAAUACAGCCUUCAUUAGGUCCAAUAUUUUGAUGCUAAACCGUGAUGAACUUGAUAUUCUGUGGGAUGCUAAAGAUAGGUUUCCAAAGGAUUUUAGAGUCGAGGUUCUUCUUUCCGAAAUGGAUUCAGCUAAUUCAGAAAUCACUAUGAAUCUGGCUAUUGGUGAGGAGAAAGAAGGGCUUCCAGUCGAAGCAUUUGCAAAAGUGCAAGAAAUCUUUAGCAAUGUGGAUUGGUUAGAUGCAAAGGGAGAUGCUGCAAUGCAUGUUCUGCCGCAAAUUACCUCAGCAAAUGCUUUCCAGGAAAAGCGGGACACAGAUUCUCCACAGAAAGUACAGGCUGAUAAUAUGCCACAAAAAUCAAUGCUUCAAGAAAAAGUCAAAUCUGAUGCAACCGGUGAUGAAACCAAGAACUUAUUACCCUCAACCCGGAGGCAAAAAUCAAUUACAUUGCCUACACAUUCUCCUGAUUCCAUCUCACAGAACCAAAAUACUCAGCUCCCUGACCUGCAGGUUGCUCGACAACAUCCUUCUCAGCUUAAAAUAAUAUCUCAACGUAUUCCAGCAUCUCGGUCUAGUCCCUCUUUUUCUUGCAAUUCUCUGCCAGGCUCUCCUUCACAUGUUUCAAGAUAUAAUAGUGCACCUUCAGCUCUUGGCAUUACAGCUCUUCUGCAUGAUCAUGCUGCAUUUGGAAUGUCUGAAGUUUCUCAUUCAGCAAUAAUUUCUCCUGCUCUGUCCCUUUCGACUGGUUCAACUUCUGGACCUUCUGGAACCAACCUUUCUUCUAAACCAUCACCACCACAAUUACCUGCUUCAGCAAGCUCUAGUCAAAAGAUUACAGUAACUCCUCCUCCACCUCUUCCUCCCCCUCCUCCUAGUAUGGGUACAAAUGCUAGUGCAACUGCUGCUACUGCCAUCACCACUUCUAAACCGCCACCGCCACCGCCACCGCCACCUCCACUGCAACUGCUGUCUGUGACACCAACAAGGUCAAUUCCACAAAGAGCACCACCACCUGCUCAGAAGGUUUCAUCUUCAAUAACUGAUACCUCCAUUCCUUCCCCACCUUCAAAUGAUGAAGCUUUUUCACCUUUGGUACCUGAUGCAACUGCUUGUGUUCUACCUAAAAAUCAGCUAUCCUCUAGAAAUAUAUCCAACAUGUCAUUACCGACUCCACCUCCUCCUCCCCCACCUCUGAUUUCCUUACCAACCUGUUGUCCUUCCCCUCAGUCUUUAAAGAAGACAAACGAGAGAGCUAGAGUUCCUGUCCCACCACCUCCUCCUCCAUGUACUGGGCUUGCACCGUCUGCAGUUACACCUUCAGCACCACCCCCACCACCACCUCAAAUUUCAUCAAAGCAUUCUGGUGCUCUUACUUCCCAAUCAACAUCCAUCCCACCUGUUCCACCUCCUCCUACUCUACUUACUUCCCUGAAGGGACCUAGUGUUGCCUCUUCUCAGUCUAACGGUUCUCGAAGUAAGGUACCUCCACCACUCCCAAAUGGUAUGACUGCUCCUCCACCGCCUCCUAAUGGUAUGAGUGCUGCUUUGUUGGGUGGGAAAGGACGGAGUUUGGCCCGUACUACAAGUACUAGGAGUACGCAAUCUACCCAGUCAUCAGCCAAAAGGGCCUUGAAGCCAUUGCACUGGGUUAAAGUAACAAGAGCAAUGCAGGGAAGUUUGUGGGCCGAGGCCCAAAAAUCUGAUGAAGCCUCAAAGGCUCCAGAUUUUGAUAUGUCUGAACUUGAGAGUCUUUUCUCAGCAGCAGUGCCAAAUUCAGUGGCCUCAUCUGGAAAGUCAAGUGGGCGUCCUACUGGGCCAAAAUCAGACAAAGUUCAUCUGAUUGAUCUUAGACGGGCUAAUAAUUGUGAAAUCAUGCUAACAAAAGUUAAGAUGCCAUUGGCUGAUUUGAUGAGUUCAGUUCUUGCUCUGGAUGAUUCUGUUUUAGAUGUUGAUCAGGUCGAUAACCUCAUAAAGUUUUGUCCAACAAAGGAGGAAAUAGAGCUACUCAAGGGUUACAGUGGGGAUAAAGAAAGCCUAGGGAAAUGUGAGCAGUAUUUUUUAGAGCUGAUGAAGGUACCACGAGUGGAAUCCAAGCUAAGAGUAUUCUCUUUUAAAAUUCAAUUUCAUUCCCAGGUUGCUGACCUCAGUGGUCACCUGAACGUUGUCAACUCUGCUUCAGAAGAGAUUAGAAGUUCUGUCAAACUAAAAAGAAUCAUGCAAACAAUUCUUUCUUUGGGAAAUGCGCUAAACCAGGGGACUGCCAGGGGUUCGGCCAUUGGAUUUAGAUUGGAUAGCCUUCUCAAACUCACUGAUACACGUGCACGGAACAACAAGAUGACUCUAAUGCAUUAUUUGUGCAAGGUUCUUGUUGAUAAACUUCCAGAACUUCUUGAUUUUCCCAAGGAUCUUGUUAGCUUGGAAGUUGCAUCAAAGAUACAAUUGAAAAGUUUGGCAGAAGAAAUGCAAGCAAUAAGCAAAGGACUGGAGAAAGUUGAACAGGAAUUAACAGCAUCUGAAAAUGAUGGUCCAGUAUCACAAACUUUUCGUGAGACUUUGAAGCAGUUUCUUGUUGUUGCUGAAACUGAAGUUAGGGCAUUAACUUCACUUUAUUCUAAUGUGGGCAGGAAUGCAGAUGCUCUAGCCCUCUAUUUUGGAGAAGAUCCAGCAAGGUGUCCAUUUGAGCAGGUGGUUUCUACACUUCUCAAUUUUGUGAGAAUGUUUGUGCGUGCUCAUGAAGAGAAUUGCAAACAGCUAGAGUUGGAGAAGAAGAAAGCUAAGAAGGAAGCAGAAAAUGAGAAAAUGAAGCUCAAUACUUUCAAAAAAGAACCUGAGAAUGUAUCGCGAUCUCCAACUAAAAGUGCCAACACUUAGUAAUCAAUGUUCUGACAGUUAAAAUAUGUUCCUACUGACGACAAAAGUUGUUUAUCUAGAUGGGGGAGAAAUAAUUACUCUCCUUUGCCCGGCACAAACAAUAUGGGAUGGAUAAAUUCUAACAGAGAUUCUCAUUGUUCAAAGAUAGAAUAUGAAGCGAAGCAUGUGAUUGAUAGGAAUAAGCCCAGAUGGACAGAUGCUGUGAAAAUGUGAACUUAUAACAUGCAAAUGCAGUUCUUGUAACAUAAGAGCUUGCCUUGCAGCAAAAGGUGGAAGAGAUCCCCUUCGCAGCCACCUUAUGUAAGCCACUAACCAGAAUCCAUGUAGUUGUAAACAUAUUUCAGGUAGAAAUUUUCAUUUGUCUCACCAUAUUUUUGUCAUUUUUUCUUUUUACUUUUUUUGUGUAUAUCCUUUAUAUUUUUAUUACAAAAGGUUAUGUAAAGAAAAUUCUUAAUUGUUUUCACUGAAAGCGAUUAUCUCUUAUACUUUA